AUGGCGCGCGGUGCCUCGUCCGCGAGCGCCGUCCAGAGCUGCACCGACAGUCGCUGCAGCACAAACGGCAUCCAUUCGCGCGCCGACCACGACGCCUGGUCGUACUGCCACCAUGGGCAAGAAGAAGAGCAGGGCGGAGGGGGCGGCGCUGGGCCGUCGCAAGAGGCCGAGGCGCCGGCAGAGGAGGCGGCGGAGGAGGCGGUGGCGGCGGCGGAGGAGGCGGAGCUGGCGGCGGCGCUCGAGGAGAGCGCGAGGCUGGGGGAGGGGAGGCGGGCGGCGGAGGCGCAAGGGCCGUCCUCGGCCGCAGAGGCGCCGGCUCCGAGGGAGGAGGAGCCGCCGGCCGACUUCAUCUGCCCGAUCACGACCGAGCUCAUGAGUGACCCGGUGAUGGCGGCGGACGGGCAUUCGUACGAGCGGUCGGCGAUCGAGCGCUGGCUCGCGACCAAGUCGACGAGCCCGAUGACGGGCGAGGCGCUCGUGCACACCUUCCUCGCCCCCAACCACACGCUGCGCCGGAUGAUCCGGGAGUGGGAAGAGGCGAACGCAUGCUGA